AGGAAGUUCUUUCAUGUUUCGGUUUCGGUUUAUUAACUAGUUGAAAUUUUAAGCACUUAUUGUAGGACAACCGGACAACAACUAGUAAAACAUGGCGAAAAUAUCCACUUUUAUUUUACUGUGUUUGGUACGGAUUCAUGCAAAUGGUUAUGUUCUACCAGAAUGCAAAAUCAAUAUCAUCACUCGAGCCGAGUGGGGAGCACGUCCACCGAAAGCCAUUACGAAUCUCCGGGUACCUGUGCCCGAGUUCUUUGUUCAUCACACAGAUACACCGGAAUGUUUCGAUGUGAAAGCCUGUUCUGCUGCAGUAAGAAGCAUACAAGAUUUUCACAUGGAUGAAAGAGGCUGGAACGACAUCGGAUACAAUUUUCUGGUAGGGGAAGAUGGGAAUGUGUAUGAAGGUCGCGGCUGGGACCAUGUAGGGGCACAUACAAAAGAUUAUAACAGCAAGUCUUUGGGAACAUCAGUGAUUGGAAACUACACAGCAAAGCUUCCGAACCAGAAAGCCCUGACUGCACUGAAGACCCUGAUAGCAUGUGGCGUAGAAGAGAAAAAACUAAUUCCUAACUACCGACUGUACGGACACAGGGACGCCGGAAAGACGUCAUGCCCGGGGGACGCUCUAUACAAACUGAUUCAAACCUGGCCACAUUAUAGUCAUGAACCGCCAAAACUGUCCUUGUUUGAAAAGUCUAACAACAUUGUUUACAAAUGGUAAUCACUUUCUGUAAAGUGUCAAUAAACAACAUGUGAAAAUGUUCUUUACAAACAGAUAUACAGGUGUUGUAAAGUCAUAUUAAAUGCACAUUUUAAGAUACUGGAUGGAAAACAAGACCGUUUUGUUGAAAGUUUUAGGCUCCGUUCUUUCUUUUAGAAAUAUAAACAUACAGAAAUCACAACUGGAUAAACUUUCUUUAAGUAUCACAUGAAGCAAUAUAAUGAAAGACGAUGUUAAACAUAUCUGUGCCGCCUGAUCAUGAUCUGCAUUGUUCGCCAUUCAUUCAGUAUCUUUUUGGUAAGUAAGCACCCCUAUUUACAGUUAAUGGUACUUUCCACAUUGUAAGAUGGACAAGUUCAUUAUAGAAAUUUAGCAGGGUAAGGGUUCAUGGACGAACAUGCAGUAGCUGUAUCAUCAUAUGACAUGUAUUAUUUAACUGACUGUCAUGAAAAAAAAACGUCAUUCUGUAAGUUUAUCUGGCAUGUUGCAUUGCUGCCUAACUAGAGUCUUAAAAAUCAGGAAAAAAACAGCAUGCUUAUAUAUUAUUGUCGACAAAAAUUUAUGUGAGCCCUUCCAUUCUUUUGCGCUAUGAAAUUACUAUUUGACUAAAUAAUAGAACAAUUUUCUACAA